CCGCACCGUUGCAAUCCCCAGACUACCCCGCAAAACCUCCCGCUCACGCCAUUGAAUCCUGUCUGCGCUCGCAAUCCCAUUGAGACAACGUCGACACACAUAUUCGAACCAUGUCAGCCGCAGAUUCCAUCCGCAAAACGCCCAGCGAAACGGAGAUCGUAGCCACCCUCUCACACCUGAAGCUCUCCACCACCGUCCCCCAGAAGCCGCUCCACAAGCCAAAAUCCAAACCCGUUGCCGACAGCUGGGAUCUCGAGUCCUCCGGCUCCGACACCGAGACCGAGGCUUCUGAUGCUCCGCUGUCGAUCAUUAGCACCGCAAGCACUGCGAACAAUGAUGAGCUCCCCCCGCACCCUCCGCCGCCAACCCCCGCGUCCCCGACUCCCUUUGACUUUCCGGAUGACUCGGUCUAUGGCGCCGGGCGGUUGCGCGGCGACAGUGGCGUGAGUUCGGGACUAGAUAAACGGCCCGAGAAGACAACUGCGGUUGCGGGGCGGAUGAUUGCGGGAGCGCUGGGCAUACGUGCGCCGAAGAGGACAGAAGAAGAGAGGGAGUUUGACCGGGCGAUGCGAGAGAAGGAGAGGAAGAGGCGCAAUGAGGAGAGGGAGAGGGAGAAGAAGGAGGGAGAGGAACGGGAGGCCAGGAAGAAGGCUGUGUGGGAUGAUUAGGCCUGGUCGGUUGCAGGACGGGCAACUCGACGUGACGCUGCUGAUGAUUCAUGGCUCCCCUCUCGUGUAUAUCAUGUCCCCUCCAGAUCCACCUGGCCACUGGACGACUGUCUUGCGAGUUAAGCAUUUUUUCUUGACCUUGUACAUAUUACAUACAUAACAUAGCUGGCCAUGGUGAAAUGCACGGCGCCCUCAAACAGCGAGCGCGAGGAAUUUCAUUAA